UUCCGGUGGAGAUUUCAACUGUUAUCAGGCUUCCUCCUCCGCCGUCUGUUGACGUGACGUACCCGGGCACGACCGACUACUUCUGGGGCACGAUCGAGCAGAACACGACGGCGGUGCCGGCCGGAGGCUCCUUCAGCACUGGCGGCGGACCGUUCGGGUUUCUCACCUCUGUCAUCCUGCCGGGCGACUCCUGUAUGGCGCACAAGGGGUUUGCCAGGCCGGGAGACACGUGCGUCUCCGACCCGGCCACCUGUGAGGAAGGCCUGUCCUUCAGUCUGUGGGAGAAGACCAUCUACGUGGAAGAUGUGUUCGCCGACCGGGAUAGUCUGCAGCUCCGUUACCUUCUCAGCACAGGCGGCGACAUCAAGGGCUCUCCUGGUAUAGCAGUUUACCUUCAGGGCAUGUACUUGGGGGCGCUUGUGUCGACUGGGAGCAAAUACUGGCUCGUAGAGACAGUCGGCCUGCUGCCAAACAACACGUGGAAUAAUAUUGGAAUCCGAUGGAGGCCGCCCUCCAGCGACGGCGGGGAGGAUUUGGUCGGCCUGGAGCUCUACCUGAACCAGAAGGUUGCUGGCCGGACCAUACACGGCGUUACGCCGUCAGCCAUCGCCAAACGGCCGCUCGACCCGCCCGAGCUCAUGGUGGGCUGUCACAAGGCCUCGGGUGACGCCGACUACCGGCACUUCUGUCCCUGCGAGUUUGACGAGAUCGCCAUGUGGAAGAGGGCGCUUCUCGCCAAUGAGUCCAUGUUCUUCCUGGGUGGCUUCGAGGCCAACUUUUCGAAGGUGUCGGCCGCCGAGUUUGCCGACAUGCUGGUCGACGUCGACCUCACUGACCCCGACCAGCAGUCGGUGGCCGUGACGCUCGUUAAAAAGAUGGCGGACGCGCCGGAAGAGGAGACGAAGGACGAGCUUGGGCUUGGGAGCCCGUCGACCGCCGAAAGCGAGCAGGAGACUGAGGAAGAAGAGGAAGAGGAGGAGCCGGAGGGAACGACCUCGCCUGCGCAGUCAGCUUCAGGUGGGGCUCCGGCGGCCAGCAAGUCCGAGAUCCAGCAGAUGCAGGUGCUGGCCGGCAUGGUGUUUACAAUGACGGAGUCCGAGAAUAUCAAGCCGAACCAGACGAAGGAUGAGUUGGACUCAUUCCUGAAUCUUCUCAGUCUGGCAUCGAAGCUUCUGGAAGAGGAGAACGCCGCUAAAUGGAACGGGAUAGAAAUGAAGAACGAUAGGAAGAAACCUGAUCCCAAAAACCCUAAAAAGAAGAUCGUGAGAGACAGAGAGGCGGUCGACAUGGUCAACCGGCUGGAGGAGUGGGCCAUGGAAUCGGUGGCAAACGUCGUGUCCGACAACAGCAGCGACACGGAUCUGCUAGUGCACAAGCGAACCGACAACGUGGACCUGUACGUGCAGCAGAACAGCUUGGACGCCUUCCGGCGUCGCCAGGUGGCGCUCUUUCCCAGUGACCAGGUCCGGCGGCUGGACAGCAUUGAAGUGCCGACCGUGGUAUUCCGAAAGCCAGGCUGUGACGAGGCCACCAUCAGCACCGUAUUCACCAAGUACGACAGCUACGGCGCCGUGUCACCCAAGCGCUUCAUGCGGCGGCAGUUCAAGACGCGGCAGGCCCAGUACCUGGACAUCGACAGCGCGGUGCUGUCGCUGCGCGUGAAGACGCUGCGGGGUCAAGCGGAGGUGGACGAGUGCCUGCCGACGAUCGAUGACUUCCGUAGCUCGCCGGUCCGCGCCACGCUCGGCCACAAGCAGCCGAAGCAGACCCUGCGGCAGCCGCUCUUCCACGAGGGCGAGAUCGUCAGUGACGUGCUCCGACGUCACUGCGUCUGGUGGAACGAGGGCAGCAUGCGGGGGCUUGGCGCCUGGGACCCCACCGGAUGUGUCGUCCUCGAGAGUGAUGACUUCUUCACCAAGUGCGCGUGCAAAGCGCUCGGCCAGUACGCCGUGGUCGCCGAGAAGGUUGAACCGAAAAUUGUCGACAUCGACAACACAUGGCUGAUCCUCAUCAAGACUGUCUUCCACACGAUAUCGAUAGCCCUGCUCCUGGCGUAUGCAGUCCUGGUGUUCAAAUCCGACCAGCUGUGGGAGAUGUUCCACCAGAUGCGGAUGACGACGGCGCUGCUCCUGCUGGCUGGUGCCUUCUUCAUGUGCAUGUCGGACCUGGACUCCGUGCGCGCCGACCGCCACCACUGCACCACCAUCGCCGCCUUCCUGCAGUUGUGCUACCUGGCCGUCGGGGUGAUGGUCGCGUGCGAGGGCUACGCCUGCUUCCGCGCGCUGACGGUCGGCGUGGUGGGCGGCAAGCUGCGCUCCUACCUCUGCAUAUCCUUCGGUGUGUCGCUGAUCUCACUGGGCUACGCGCUGGCCACCGAGUCCCACCGCUACGGCGACGACCCGCAGUGCAUGAUGGGCUGGGAGACGGACGUCAAGCUCAUCUUCUUCUCGCCCAUGAUGCUGUGCUUGGUGUUCAUCGCGCUGUCGGUGGUGCUCAUCAUGUGCAACAUGGGUACGCCGCAGCUGCGCAAGGAGAACAUCAUCGUCGACCAGGAGUCGGUGUGCAUCGGCUACAACUUCUUCUCCUUCUACUUCAUGGCGACUUGGGUGGCCGGUCUGCUGGCCUACGUCAGGCUGGAUGCUGAAGGCCUGCCCAGCUUCUACCCCCUGUUCCAGUUCAUGAACGCGGCCUGCGGCAUGGUCUUCUUCAUCUGCCAGGGCAUGCUGUCGCGUCGCUUCCGCAUGAUCAUCACGUGCCGCGGCCACGAGCGACGCCGCAUGCUCGUCGCCUACACCGUGCACGAGGACGAGCCGGACGUCACCGAGUCGCGCGAGACAUCCGACGACGAGUCGGACUCACAGGACGACGGCGAGUCGGACGUCUCGGACUGCGGCCCCGAGUCGGGCCGGGCCGGGUCGCCCGCCGCGCCCGACUCGCAGCCGAAGCCAGAGGCGCUGUCACAACUGAGAGAUGAGCAGCAGCCGGAGCCGGAUGCGCACCCGGAACCGGAGCCAGAGCCGGAACAGGAGGCGCAGCCGCAACCGGAGCCGGAGCCGGAGCCGGAGCCGGAGCUGGAGCAAGGGGCGCAGCCGGAGCCGGAGCCGGAGCCACACCCGCAACCGGGCGACGGCGAUGAGCCAGCGACGCCAGACGGCGCGGCGGGGGACGAGACGGGCCAUGCAUGAGCGAGCCGCGCGCCGCGGGGCGCCUAAAAACGAGAUGACGUCAACUGUGUUGGACUAACUGCCCAUAUGGAGACCUACGGAAUGAAAUUGGACUUGAGCCGGUAUGCUGCGAUGUGUUCUCUUUUAUGGCGUUCCGUGCAAUACUUUUUCGAGUGACUGCCACGACUGCUGCGUUUGAAAUGUAAAAAAACACGUGCCAUGUUAACCUGAAUUCAGAGGAGGACUGAAAGCAAAGGCAAUACUGUUUCGUCUUGUUUCUUAUCUCAUGUACCUGGUGACAAAACUCAUCCAAAUACAUUUCGAGCAUUC